AUGACUGGCCGCGGCUUUAAUUUGACUCGAAGGACGCGUACGCAAGCACGCGUGACAGAUGAUCCACCACUACGUCAAAGAGAUUAUUCUCCAGCGCCACGCCGUCCUGCAAAUUAUCCAAGAAACAUCACCACCGGAAUCAAUGUGUUGCUGUUCGACCGAGGACCUGUAAGUCUAUUUUUGAAACGCGGUCUCCAUGAGAUGUUGAUGUCAAGACAGCCCACAUCGCAAAGGCCAGGACUUGACCGCCCUCCAGAGAUGCUGAUGCUUCCUGACCGUGACUCACACUUCUCUGCCCUCUAUGAAUUUGCCUACACGAAAGAUGAGGACUGGAAAUGGGAUAUACGAUCCUGGACAAAAGCUUCUCCCCAAAUUUUCCAACCACCACCAAUUGCCACACCUACAGAGACAGAUGACCCACGACCGACUACCUCUGCUGAAGCCAUUGAGCAACCACCACCACCACCAGCUGCUGCUGCAAAUGUCGGGGAAGGUGUCCCAUUGACUCUACAGGAGGAUUUUGAUCGACAAUUUGGAGUGAAAUCACUGGAUAACGAGGACAAAUUGGCCCGCAGAAUCGACCAUGCGCCGGUGGCUGCUUCAAUCAAGGAUAUUGGCCUAAGAUACGCUCCUACGCCACGCCUUACGCGGUUCACCCGUGAGCCACAACUGUCCAUCAGCCCCCCAUUCAACGCAUCUCCUGAGCUACAACCCAAUGUGGCCUUAGCAGCGCCUAAAGCCCCAAUCGUGCCCGCAAUGCCUCAGAGGCAGACAGCACCUGAAGAGCAACAAACUAGAUCUUUCCUGUCGAUAGCACAGGAGCGUGCUCUCGCGGCUGGAGCUCAUCUAUUUGAGACAAGGAAAGCAGCUCUGAUGAACGAGGACACAGAGAAAGCGGUGAUCGAAUAUGAGUUAGAAUUUGAACCAACACAGAUAGCAGAUGUUGAGCACCCUACGCUGUUACCGGAAGAACGUCAAGAAGCAACGAGGCACAAUGAGCUACAGCUUGGCACAUGCGAUAAGAAGAACGUGUUACAUGCAAAUGCGGAGGCAUACAUCCCGGGCACCCAUGCAAGCUCAGCGCCAGCACUGGCUGGUGCUCGAAAGCAGCUUGCUGCGGUCAGCACAAUGCCCUACUGA